AAUAAUGUAUGUGUGGGCAAGAAAUAAUGCAGUUUAGUAACAGACAAAAGUUGUUACUAAACGUUACUGUAAUACUUAGUUUGUACUUGUCUGUAAUUCCUUUCUUGCACCGUCUCAUAUGUGCAUAUGUGUAUAUAAAGAUCAGUCUGAAAUUUUUGCAGUGAGCAGAAGAGUGUUCAGUAGAGUGUAAGUGAUCUAUGGCUGAUACAAAAGGUGAAAUUGCACAUCAGCACCUCCUAGAAGUGGCUGGAGAAAGUAGACAAGGACCCGCUCUCGGGGAAAAAGAUGCAAAGGAUGAGCAAAAGAAGAAAAGAAUCGCGUCGAUUGAUAUCUUCAGAGGCUUCACUGUUGCUUUGAUGAUACUGGUUGAUGAUGCUGGAGGCGAAUGGCCUAUAAUAGGUCAUGCUCCGUGGAAUGGUGUCCAUCUUGCUGAUUUUGUGAUGCCAUUCUUUCUAUUUAUUGUGGGAAUGGCCAUUGCGCUUGCUCUCAAGAGAAUACCAAGCCGUCACUUGGCCAUCAGAAAGGUGGUUUUAAGAACUUUAAAACUGCUCUUUUUCGGGAUUCUGCUUCAAGGAGGCUUUUCACAUGCUCCCGACGAAUUAACAUAUGGGGUCGACAUGCAAAGAAUAAGGUGGUGUGGUAUACUGCAGAGAAUUGCACUGGCGUAUUUUGUCGUGGCACUAAUAGAAAUCUUAACGCGAAGUGUAAAAAUCAAGGAGGAUUCGUCUACUAGUCAAUUUCUCAUAUUCAAGACAUAUAUUUGGCACUGGUUGCUAGGAGCAUGUGUUCUUAUAGUUUACCUGGCUGUUCUGUAUGGAGCUUAUGUUCCUGACUGGCACUUCAUGGUCGAUGAUCCAAAUAGUGCCGACUAUGGAAAGAUCUUGAGUGUAUCUUGCAACGUAAGAGGGAAACUUGAUUCUCCAUGUAAUGCUGUUGGUUAUGUUGACAGAGAAUUGAUGGGAAUCAGGCACAUGUAUCAGAAACCAGCUUGGAAGAGAUCUAAAGCUUGCACUAUGAACUCUCCUUAUGAGGGACCUCUUCUAGAGGAUGCUCCAGCAUGGUGUUUGGCACAUUUUGAACCCGAAGGAAUUCUAAGCUCUAUCUCUGCUAUCCUCUCAACAGUUAUAGGGGUGCAUUUUGGCCAUGUUCUCAUCCAUAUAAAGGAUCAUUCCACUAGAUUGAAACAUUGGAUUGUGAUGGGCCUGUCCCUCCUUCUCCUUGGUAUUGUUCUACAUUUUACACAUGCAAUGCCUCUAAACAAACAGCUCUACACCUUCAGCUAUGUAUGUGUCACGUCUGGAGCAGCAGCAUUGACGUUCUCAACUUUCUAUAUACUGGUAGAUAUUUUGAAGCUGAAGUAUGUCUUUCUACCAUUUGAAUGGAUCGGUAUGAAUGCUAUGUUGGUCUACGUCAUGGCUGCUGAGGGCAUCUUUGCAGGAUUCAUUAACGGGUGGUAUUACAAGAACCCCCACAACACACUGAUAUACUGGAUUCAGAAGCACAUAUUCUUUGGAGUUUGGCAUUCAAGAAGAGUAGGACUUCUGCUCUAUGUCAUCUUUGCAGAAAUACUCUUCUGGGCUGUUGUGUCUGGCAUUCUGCAUUGGCAGGGCAUCUAUUGGAGGCUUUAGCUCGAAACAAAGACGCUAUUCGCCACUUCAUGAAACUCGAGCUCUUAAUGCAAUUUCAUGAACACUUUCUUGCUUAAGGGUCACAAGUCUCAUGAUCCAUAAGUAGUUAAACUUCUGUCUGAAGCUAUUUAAGUCUUCAUAUGGAACAUGAUAAUAGACUAAUAGUCUUCAUACAUUUUGAAUAAGCAUUAAGAAUCGUCUAAAGAAAGAUUUUGUGCUCCUA